AACCGAUGAAACGUGGCAUCUAUGGUCGUCGUGCAUGUAUAGAUAACGAUAGUCGCCGGAACUGAUGCCGAACACGAUCGCUCUGAACGAUAACGACCGGAUGGCUUCGACUAACGAACCGGUUCUUGCCCGACUGGACCGUCUCGAGCACUUGACAGCAAAUUUGGAGGAUGUAAAGGGAGUCCGGUCCGGGAAGAGUUCCAGCGUCUCGACUCCUCGAAGCGGGACGACGAGCAGCGGCGGGAUCUACUCCGAGUCGCCGUCGUCGCCGGCGAGCCUGGAGAGCCGAUGCAGGCCUUUGAACGAGGUGCUGGUGGAGACCCAAUUGAAGGGCACCAUCGUCGACAGACUCGACGACCUUGAGAACAGGGUCGUGAAGUUGGAGGAAUUGAUGUUGACGACACGAAAUGAGGAGGGCAACGGCGGAAAGACGGCCGGAGGCGGAAUGCGGCUUGUGGAAGAGCUGGAGGAAGCGCAUGGAGGGCAAGAAGAGAAACCACGAAAGAAGAAGCACCGCGGAACCCUGAAACGUUUGGUCAAGACCUGCGUAUCAAGGAAACCUAAAGGCCCAUGAAAGUCUACACCACGAUGGCCUUUCCCUUUAUCUCUCCUUGAUGAAGAUAGGGGAACCACUCUAUGUUGUCAUAUAAUUUUCUUUUUUAAAUGAUGUUACGGACAGAGUCGCCUUUAUUCUAACGUUGGUGUCUGAUAAGUUGGUGUUUGAUGAGUUUCGGUACUGGCAACAACCGUUGUAGAUUCUAUACUGUGUGUAUACAACUUUU